AUGGGGGCAGCUGAUGAUGGUGAAUAUCGACAGAAGACAAAGGAUGCCGCUGAAGUCCAGAAGGAUAAAGGCUUCGGCAAACGAUCGAAGUAUGAAAGACUUGAGCACUUUAACAGCCAACGGGAAUUGACAGCGUGGUGGGAUCGUCGACGGGCGAAGGGAGAGACUUGGAGGCUCAAUACUCGAUAUGAUGCGCGUAAGGGAGCUACAGAGUACUGGCAUUGUGCGUACAAAGAGGAUGGCAUCUACAUUUGCCCGGCUCGUCUUCGAGUUGUCUUCCGCGGCCAUCGAGGAAUCUACCUCUAUGAAUCAAAGAAUCGUGAACACGAUCAUACCUCAUUGCCGCCACCUAAAACGGGUGUCGGUGCCUCUGAAACAAUUGUGUUGGAACCCUACCCGUUGCAAACUGCUCUGAUUAUUGACAUGACUCCAAGAAUCGUCGCUCACCCACCAAAGAAGGAAAUGACUUCAACGACCACCGAACAAACGGGAAGCCGAGAAACUAAAAAUGACAAGAAAGAUUGA